AUCGGCAUAGCUCCGUCGUCCAAGUUAUCUCUCGCUCGCAUCGCGCGUUUCACGACGUAUCUCGCAUACAAGAGUGUCGAAAGGGGAGGAGGAGAAAGAGUUUGGAAGCGUCCAUCCGUGUCGCUUGUCGCGGCCGGCGUCCGUUGUUGCGCGCGCGCAUUCGCUGGCAUGCGUGCGUACGUUCGUAGUGUUUCGUCGCAGUCUCUCGGCGUUGCAUGGCGUCCUUCGUAGUGCGUACGUGCGCUUGAAUCCAACGGACUCUGCUCGUGCGGCGAGAAUACCGGCCUCCCCGCAUUUGUACUGGCGAUCCGACAUCGCAAUUAGUCCGCCGCGACGAGAGUAAGAAAGGGCGACUAUUAAUAUUUUGAGCUGACGAGGCGAGAAGCUGCGAAAUCGCAGACGAGAGAGAGAGAGCAAGAGUGAGUGAGAGGCACAGGGAGAGAGAGGGUGUGUGAGUGAGUGAGUGAGAGUGAGAGAGAGAGAGAGAGAGAGAAAAAGAGAAGAGCGAGAGGGUGAGACAGAUAAAGAGCAAGGUAUAAAGAUAUUAUUUGUACGCUAAGUGGGGGAACCUCACGCGCGGGCUUGCGAAGUUUGUACGAAGUAAGGCUGGAUAAGAAAAAGGGCGUGGAAUAUUACCGCGCGAUUAAUAAGUACGCCGCUAAAACAUAUCGUGGCCAUGGGUAAGACGCCAAAGAAGGCGGCCCCUGGGGGCGAUGAGAGGAAUUUGUGCGUUCACAGGCUCAAGGCAACGACCGCGCCGUCGAAAGCUUCUGAACGUAGCCUCUUGCACGAGAAACAUCGCGAGUCCCAGGGUUCGAACAGACCAAAAUUGACUGGUAUACAGAAAUACAUCUCGAGUGGAACUGGAAAAAAUUUGAAGAACAAGCUUCGCACUCCAGCAAAAGUUGGGCCGAUUCAAACAACAAAGCAAUUAAAAGUACUGAUGAAAAAUCUUGAAGUAAAAACUACAGACAUGCAGCCGAAAUCAGAGGGAACUAAUGUCAAAUUGGAUGUCCCUGUCCAAGAGGAAAGUGUUAAGGAAGAAAAGUUAUUAAGUACCAACAAAGCUGCUAAGGUUGAGGAACCCGUUACUUCUAAAGAACAUGUCAGUGUCAACAUUUCUGAGCAGACAUCAAAUGAACCUCAAACUUUCUCGAAGACUGUCCAGGAAGCGGUAUCUACUGAGAGCGAAAUUAUCAUCCAAGAAAAGGAAGGAAAUAUUUCCAACAUUGGAACCAAAGAAGUGGAAGAGCAAGAUGAGAAUGAUGUGAAGUUAGUACUCGAAGCUGAACAAGAGCCUGUGAAAAAUGGAGAAGAACAGCUGGAGGAUAAACGAUCACAGGAUAAUAAAGAAGAAGAAUUACCUGCUGUGCAAGAUGAAUUGAAAACCAAUGUACAUGAGAAAGAUGAGGUACAAAACGAACCUCAAACGGACACAGAAAGUUCGGUCGAAAUUGUCGAGUCCACAACGUCUGAGGUAUCGGAAACGUCAGAGACUGUUACUCAAAGUAACAUGACAAAGGGUCAAGAAAAGUUCGACGAAACUUUUAAUGAUGUGUCGUUUCUUUCCUACGAUUCAUCUAUAAUGCUGAAAGAUGUACAAAUCAAACAGAACGAUUACGUCAAAGAUAAUUCGAAGCUCUUUGAUGUGAGCAAUACGGAGGAUAUGUUGAAUCAACUAUCGAAAGAAUCGUUUGGGAAGACACUGAGAAAUAUUUCUGGAAGACACUCGCUCAACAGAAUGCGUCAUCUUGGCUUUCACGAGAAGAGGAUAUCGCCAAACAGCUCUCUGUAUGUGAACACAUCGACAAUAUCGAUAUCACAGGAUGAAGGGCCCGGAUCUAAAGUUUUACAUUACAGUAGCGCUUUGUCUGACAGUUUACCCACGAAUGGUAGAUCAUUAGACAGAAAACGCAAAUGCGACACAUCGAUUUGGGGUUCGACUAAAAAGCAGAAAACAGAAGCGGAGAGUAGUCUGCUGAGCACACCCAUGAGUCUCUUAAGAAACUGGCGUAGACCCAUACAGGUAUCCACACCGAAUAUCACAUCAUACAAGUUCGAAUCUACCAAGUUAGAUAUUAGCGGAAUGAAAGAUGAUGACAAUAAAAUAAUGGCUGAGUCAACCGAGAGUACAAAGAAAUGGUGUGUCAUCAUGUAAAAUAUCGUGAAUAUAUAAAAAAGAAAAUAAUCGUGUCACAAUGUAAAGGAAAAAAAAUUUUAUAUUUUCGUGAAGUUCGAAAAAUUUAACGAUUAAGAAUAUUGACUCUAUUGUACAUCGUCUUCGAAAAUCGAUUAUUUUGCUUUCUAUAAAAAAAAUUAAAGUCCAAAUUAAGAUCGUCAUUUUCUCACGUUCCUAAAAUUUACCCGAGAAGGUAUACUUAUGAAUUCUUACAACUCUUGUAAGUUCUCAUGUUCUUCUUUAUGAAAGGACAUUAAGACAUGAUGUGUUGUAUGUUUAUCGAAUAAAUUUUAAUAUAGUUCAAUUCCCACCGUAUAGACUUUUUAAAUUUUAACGCAUUAUUCUUUAUACAAACUGACUCAUCAAUCUUGGGACAAGAUUAUUUAAAAAGGAAAAAAAUAAAAUGUAUGUGUAAUGUCAAAAAGAGUACAAUUCCUUUAACUUUUUACAUGACUAUAUUGUACAAGACUCAUUUCUAUAAAGAGCGUACCAAUUUAAUACGGUAUAAUAUAGAAUAAUUAAAUCUACAUGUACAGAAAUGUGUAAUAUGUAUCUAAUUUCGGUACAUGUUUUAAUUUAUGCAUCGCGUAUAAUUUGUAUUUAUCUUGGAUGUAAUUCAAUAGAUAGAUUGAAACGUGAUAAAUACACAGAUGGAUAGGUUUCAGUCUCCUAAUUAUAAAUAGAAAUAGUUCUGCGCAAUGCGUUUUAUCUUAAUCAGAAAGUGUAUUCAUUCGAGAAUAAUUUCUUAUAUAUUAUUUUAUGCGUAUUAUGUCAAUUAUGCCAAGCUUCUGGAAAAUUUCUACUCCAUACAUGACAUUUAUUCACGUAUAAUGUAUAUCAUAUAGUACUACACGCAAACAUAUCUCUUCGUUUUUAGUUGUUAAUAAGCAACUUAUAAUAAGCAUUUCGUUAAUAUUGUUAUUUCGUCCUUUUCGUCCAAGGACUUCUUAUCGAAAAUAUUGUAUGUACGCGAUAUGUAUUGUACAUGACCGAAUUGUUUCAGUGGAAUUUGGAAAGUUGAUUAUAAUACAUGAUUGUAAUCUUACAUUUUUUUUCUAGUUAUAACAAAUCGUUAUUAUACGAGACAAAUUGCAGUGUUACUUUCACAUUUACAGAUAUCGACGGCUUUUCACGAUUUGUCUUAUUCUGUUAAGAUAUUCUUGAUGGCUAUCACAGAUAUGAUGCCUAUCGUACAGGAGAUUCAACAAUCAUUGCAAUGUUACAUAUGUAACUCUUUUUAUUAAGUAAUAGGUCGUUUCCGUAUUAUUUAGGAAAAGCACGAUGAUUUUAUGUGCAACUUAUUUGAUGUAAGAAUACUCAUUAAUAUUUACCAAUACGAACAUUUUUAUUGCAGUUGUAAAGAUAUGUAUGGUAUAUAUACAAAACUGUAUAUUAUUAUACAGUGUAUCUUAAGUGAAAUAGUGGAAAGAGAGGACAGAGAAGAGAAAGGAAAAGAGAGAAAAAGAGAUAGAUAAAUAUAUAUAUACACACACACAUAUAUUGACAGAAGGAUCUCAUUUCAUACGCGACAUUUUUUAAACAAUUUGCGUAUUCAAAGCUUUUUUUAUCUGCCAUAAAUCUAGGUAUUUCUUUGUGACGUGUAACGUUACAUUGGCUUUAUAUUAAAUCUUUGUUUGCAUACAUAUAUUCGAAUGCAUACAUAUGAAGCUAAAUAUAUCCGUUUGACCUUCCAUCGUAUAUGAUAAAUAAGGAUUAGGAAUCAUUAAGACAAUUCGACCAAAGUAAUUUCUCGAUGUCGGUCGAUCUAUUCGUUUAGACCUCUUUGGAGUAAUUAUUAAUUGCUAAGGACAUGCAUAUAACAUGAUAUGUUACGAGAAGAAUGUUCGAUCUAUGAGAUAUACGCUGAGCAAUUUUCUCGCUUAAAAUAUUGUGAAAGAAAAGGAAAUGUAAUUUAGAUUAAUAAUUAUUCAGGACUAAACGAGUAAUCGUUAGACAUACUUUUAUACUUGUUCAAUUAGUAGGAGCUUUAGAAGCGCAACCAACAGUGUACAUAGAAACCUAUGAGAUUUAUAAUAAACUCUCGAAACUGAA